AUGGAGCAAAACACUAUCCAAGGGAGCCCAGAAGAAAGCCUAGAGGCUCUUAAAUCUCAAAUCGCCUCUCUACAAUCCCAACUUACAGCUGCAAAAGCCCAGCUUCAAAUACAAAUCCCACCUUCAACCCCAUCACCCCCUCUCCACCUAUGGCUCCUCCUCGCCGAUUCCGCUCUUCCAAUCGGUUCCUUCGCUUUCUCCUCCGGUUUGGAAUCAUAUAUUUCUCACCGUAACCUUCGACCAGCCGUAUCCCCAAAACCAACUCCCAGAACCGAAUUAACCCGCUUCCUCCGCCUUUCUUUACUUUCGAUCUCAACUACCACAAUACCUUUCAUAACAGCGGCUUUUAAAUCUCCUUCGUCGGUAUUAACUCUGGAUGACACUUUCGACGCAACAACAACAUGUGAAGUCGCCCGUCGAGCGAGUAUUUCUCAAGGAAGAGCCCUCUGCAGCGUUUGGGAUAAAUCCUUCGCUUCAUCUCUUUUAAAGGUCAACUCUGAGAGUAAUGGUGAUGAUGAUGAUAAUGAAGGCGAAAGUAAAAUUCCAAUACAUUACAGACCAGACCAUUUCGGUCCUUCCUGGGGGUAUAUAACCCGUCUCUCCGGGUUACCGAAUACGAAGGAGGCGUUGGAACAAGUGGUUUUUGUGUUUUUGUUUAAUCAUGUCAAGGCACUGUUGUCGGCUGCUGUGAGGUUAUCGUUGAUCGGACCCUAUGUUGCGCAGCAGAUUUUGGCUAGUGAGGAAGUUGGGAGGUUGGUCAGGGAGGCGGUGGAGAGAGGUGGGAAGAUUGGAGUUGAGGAGGCGGGGCAGUCGGUUCCUACGGUGGAUUUAUGGCAGGGGAGGCAUGAGAGGUUGUAUACUAGGAUUUUUAAUUCUUAG